GCUUCUCGUUGUGCCCCGCCCGCAAGCGUCCUCCUUUGGGACUUCGUGACAGCCAGGUCAUGCGCGGGUCAUCCUGGGAUUGGUAGUUCGCUUUCUCUCAUUUAGGCAGUUUCUCUCUCUACCGGGGACUCCGCGUCCCGGCAUCCACCGCGGCACUUGACCCUUGGCGCUUGCGUGUUGCCCUCUUCCCCACCCUCCCUAAUUUCCACUCCCCCCACCCCACUUCGCCUCCCGCGGUCGGGUCCGCGGCUUGCGCUGUAGCGGUAGCCGCCGUUCCUUGGAAGUAGCAACUUCCCUACCCCACCCCAGUCCUGGUCCUCCGUCCAGCCGCUGACGUGAAGAUGAGCAGCUCAGAGGAGGUGUCCUGGAUUUCCUGGUUCUGUGGCCUCCGUGGCAAUGAAUUCUUCUGUGAAGUGGAUGAAGACUACAUCCAGGACAAAUUUAAUCUUACUGGACUCAAUGAGCAGGUCCCUCACUAUCGACAAGCUCUAGACAUGAUCUUGGACCUGGAGCCUGAUGAAGAACUGGAAGACAAUCCCAACCAGAGUGACCUGAUUGAGCAGGCAGCCGAGAUGCUUUAUGGAUUGAUCCACGCCCGCUACAUUCUUACCAACCGUGGCAUCGCCCAGAUGUUGGAAAAGUACCAGCAAGGAGACUUUGGUUACUGUCCUCGUGUGUACUGUGAGAACCAGCCAAUGCUUCCCAUUGGCCUUUCAGACAUCCCAGGUGAAGCCAUGGUGAAGCUCUACUGCCCCAAGUGCAUGGAUGUGUACACACCCAAGUCAUCAAGACACCAUCACACGGAUGGCGCCUACUUCGGCACUGGUUUCCCUCACAUGCUCUUCAUGGUGCAUCCCGAGUACCGGCCCAAGAGACCUGCCAACCAGUUUGUGCCCAGGCUCUACGGUUUCAAGAUCCAUCCGAUGGCCUACCAGCUGCAGCUCCAAGCCGCCAGCAACUUCAAGAGCCCAGUCAAGACGAUUCGCUGAUUCCCUCCCCCACCUGUCCUGCAGUCUUUGACUCUUCCUUUCUUUUUUGCCACCCUUUCAGGAACCCUGUAUGGUUUUUAGUUUAAAUUAAAGCAGUCAUUAUUGUGGUGGGAAUAUGAAAUAAAGUGGAAGAAAAGGCCAUGA